UUUACGGGGACCAUUCUCUUUCUUAACCAGACAGUUCUCAUUCCGUCUUAUAUAUAUUGAUCCAUAACUGACACCCCAUCAUCAUCACUCACUCCUUCCUUCACCACUUCGCACUCCCUCGUUUUUGGAGCUCUCCAGAUCUUGUCUCUCCCGUAGCUAUGGCAGAGAGGGUGACCAGAAUGUUGAUAAAGGUGGAUAUGCAGUGCCCGCGCUGCUACAGGAAGAUCAAGAAAGUUCUAUGUAAAAUUCCCCAAGUCAAAGACCAGAUAUACGAUGAAAAGCAGAACACGGUGUUGAUCACCGUCGUGUGCUGUAGCCCGGAGAAGGUCCGACAGAUGAUCAUCUGCGAGGGUGGCGAGACGGUGCACAGCAUCGAGAUCCUGCUUGACAAGCCCAAUGAGACCGAGAAGAAGUGCAAGGAGUCUGAUACACAAAAGGAUACCGACAAAACCACGGUCGUGAGCGUUGUGCCGCCGAAAGAAGACCUCAAGACGCCUGCUCGAACGACGCCUCCACCGACGCCUUUACGCCAGGCGUGUGUGCCGCCACCCCGAAAGGCGCCAAAUCCAAAGGUGUGCUACCCACUGGUGCCAGUGUAUCCGAUGGUGGGGGUGUGCCGUUGUCCACCAGGUUAUAGGGGGUACGGUGGGGGCCCAUGUUAUUGUGGGCAGAGAAGGCCGGUGAUGUGCUAUGAUGGAUGUGGGAGACCGGUUGGUGAGUGUCAAGGCUGGAACAAAGGCCCCUUUCCUGUGCAGGGGAGGCCAGUGACGUGCGAUGAUGGAUGUGGGAGACCGGUUGGUGAGUGUCAAGGCGGGAACAAAGGCCCCUUUCCUGUGCAGGGGAGGCCAGUGACGUGCGAUGAUGGAUGUGGGAGACGGGUCGGUGAGUGUCAAGGUGGGAACGGAGGCUCCUUUCCUAGGCAGGGGAGGUCAGUGACGUGUGAUGAUGGAUGUGGGAGACUGGCUGAUGAGUGUCAAUGCGGGAAUAGAGGCUCUUUUCUUGGGCAGAGGAGGCUAGUGACGUGCGAUGAUGGUUGUGGGAGACCGGUUGGCGAGUGUCAAGGCGGGAGCAGAGGCUCCUUUACUAGUCAGGGGAGGCUAGUGACAUGCGAUGAUGGAUGUGGAAGACCGGCUUGUGAGUGUCAAGGUGGGAAUAGAGGUUAUUGCGUGAGCCGAUGCGAUUAUUUUAUUGAAGAAAAUGCCACUGCAUGCACUGUCAUGUGAUCGAGUUCAAAAAUUUUCACGUCAAUCACUAAUGUAGUGACUUUGUGAAAGAUAAAUAAGUCGAUUUUUCAGGGCUAUCUUGGGGUCUUUAUCUUUGUGGGCAUAAUAGAUAAAUCGAUGAGGUUGGUGGUCUAGUAUGGUGGUAUUUGUGGUCAAAUAUGUUCAACACAUGACUUGUUGCUUGUUCAUUUCUUCAAUUCAAUAAGAUUGAGGUCUUUUCAUA